AGAGUUUCUACGUCACCGUGUGGCGCUCCUAUAGUGUGUACAUACAGUGUAACGGCGCGCCCUCACUGUUGUGAGAAAGUUGUGGUGGUGAAGAAGAAAUCUUUCCUCUGACCUGCUCCUGUUUUUACCGAAUGAAAACUCACCACUCCGCAGUAAGAUGUGGAUCCUGACUCCGCUGCAGCCUGGAGGUACAGUCGUAGGUGAGACGCAGUAUCUCAUGGCCAGUAAAGAGUACGUGGUCGGGCGCAAGAACUGUGACAUCCUUCUUGCCAACGACCAGUCCAUCAGCAGGGCUCACGCUCACCUCACUCUGACCGACCAGACCCUGACGUUGAAAGACACCUCCAAGUACGGCACUUUUGUCAACAGCAAGCGUGUGACAGAGAACACGUCAGUUAACCUGAAGUCUGGGGACAAUGUAACAUUUGGGGCUUUUAACAGCAAGUUCAGUGUGGACCAUCAGAAGCCAGUGGUGUGUUCAUCAUGUUUGGACAGUGAUGGCAAGACGUCACUCUCUCAGGCUCUGCUGGCUCUGGGUGGAAAGCUGGUCAACACGUGGACUCAGGACUGCACCCACCUGGUUAUGCCCACUGUUAGAGUCACCAUCAAGACCAUUUCUGCUGUGCUGUGCUGUUGUCCCAUCGUGAAACCAGAGUUCUUCUUGGUGUUCAACAAAGCUGUGCAGCAAAAACUGGCACCGCCUAAAGCCGAGAGCUUCAUCCCUGAGAUCGAUGAACCCUGUCUCAUUAAAGAGGAUGUUAACCUUGGAGUGACUCCAGCUCGCAAACUACUUUUUACUGAGAAGACCUUUGUGUUCCUCAGUGCCAAACAGCUGAAGCGUCUGAGUGGAGCCGUGAGUUUUGGGAAAGGAAAGAGUCGGCUGUUGGAGGAGGGCGCUCUGCCCCGGGACCUGCUGGAGUCUCCACAAAGCUGUGUGGUCGAUGUCACAACAGGCAGCUCCCAAACCCUGCUGUCCUCCUCUGCCACAGAGUGGGCAAACUCUGUGAAGAACAUUGUUGAAAGAAAAGGCCUUCGAGUCAUCACCGAGUCUGAGAUCGGAUUGGCUGCCAUCUUUGCUUCCUGUGACAAGUACUGCAAUCCAUCCAGUCUACAGCCAGACUCAGAUUCAGCACCAAAAGUGACAGCCAGAAUCCCGAGUGCUUCACUGUCACAGAGCGUGGCCGUGGAUGAGACUGUGUUACCUGCUGCGACACAAAAUAUCACAGCAUAUGCAGUGAACACAGAGCCAUUCGAACGGUCAGUGCCAUGUAACGUGACAGGGGUGACGGCGGUAGGAGAAACUCCUGAAAAGAAGCAUGAUGGAUCUAAAGUUAUCGCUGAGAGGAUGUCCACUCCGAGCAUAGUGGCUGAAACAAUGAGCUCAUCGUAUAACACAAACUCACAGAGGAAGAAGCCUGAGUCCAGACUGACAGGUGCGGGGAGCAGAUGCAUUAGGCCCCAACCAUCCACUUCCUGGGCCAGUGGUGGCAUGAAGACAUUUCCACAGAAGUUGUCUCAAAAAAGUCCUGCACACGUUUCACCACAGAAACAGUCGACUCUGAAGAGCUUCUUCCAGCCAGCCAAUAAGAAAAGGCCUUUGGACGAUGAUUUCUCUGAUGUUAUGUCAGAGCCAAAGCGGCCUGUACAGGCAUCGUCCGUCAGCAGAAUGCUGGCACCGAACACCUCAGUUACGUCUAAAGAAACAUCCUCGCGUUCUGACAGACUUCCCGCAGCCACAUCUCAGACUCCACUGAGGUCUGGAGCUGAUCUGUUCGCAGGACGGUCGGAGGACAGGGUCUCCCAUGCUGCUCAGGAGGAGCCACAGAGUAGAAAGAGGAAGGAGAUGGAAGCAGAGAUACAGAUGGAGGAUCUGGAGUCUAUUAUGUCUGAAGAUAUGGAUUUCUUUGAUGAGCCACCCUCAGGCAAACAAGGCCAGCACGCACAGCCUAAAUGGCAAAGUUCAACUGGACAGAAACAAGAUUAUAACAUGGAGGAGGCUCCCACUUCAAGCAAGAGGCAAUGCAUCCAUGCAGAAGACAGUGAAGCCAACAGACGGCCACUGGAAAACAAGUCCGGUUCCCAUAAGAACCAAAGCAAACAGUCCGAACAGUUUAUUGUCUCCAUCAAGAUGGAGAAGGUUGAUCCUUCAGAAAACUCAGCUCAUCAUGAGUCCAUUGAACAUGAUAAUCCGUCUUACAUUCAGGAUAUUGAUCUACUCAAAGGAGAUAAUUAUGAGCCCAAAGAAGAGACUAAGACACCUCUGAAAGCAGUCGUCAUUAAACAAGAGGUGCAAGAGUCCAGGGUUGAUGAGGACCUUCCUAAAAAGCUGGUGUUAGUGGAGUUUAGAUCUCUCACUAUGUCCGCGCCUCUGAAGAUUAAACCAAAGCAGAUGCUCAGCAACGGCUGCGCAAAGAACUUCAAAUGUUUCCGCAAGAUUGAAGUGCCAGGGGCCGAGAGCUCGCCACACAUCAUCGGAGGGUCUGAUCUGCUGGUUCACAGCAGGGGCAAGAACUCUGAUUUGGAUGAAUGGCUGAAAGAUGCAGCUAAGGAAGAGCGUCAGAGCAGACGGGACGAGACUGUAGGAGACGACCUCUUCAGGUACAACCCUACCAAGCUAACCAAGAGGAGAUAAAUGAGAAGAUGAAUAGCCUUCAUCUUGAAGUGAGAAUUCAUUUCGAAGAAACAUGAAGUAAAUCCAACUCACCGGAAAACAGGAAAAACUCCAGAAAUUACAUAUGUAUGUUUAUUUGAACCACAAUGUUGGAUUUAAUGCUUCUCAUUCGGUAAACUAAUGUGAAAUGUUAACAAGUGUUUACAUUUUCUGUUCUAUAUAAUCAUCGACUUGUUAACUUACUGACAGCAAACAAUUUAAGAAAACAGUCUCAUGUUCAGAGAUUCUUUUCCCAAUUUUUAUUUGUCAAUAAUAAAAAAUA